GUGGAAAGACGUUUCAGAGGGAGACACAGGAACAAGUCACACAUAAUGACACAUCGCCAUACACUGAUCAUUCACACUGAGGAGUAGCUGUGGACACGGUGACCAGGGUGGGGAAUGGUGAACUAAUAUGGUAUUUUAGAUGUUUUUUUGAGAGAAGGAGACAUGCUGCUGCUUCAUGUUGCCCUUGUUGUUUUGGUAUCAGAGGCGUGGGGCGCUGAAGAAGGCCCAAAUCAAACCAACAAGACAUUCAGUACUUCUGCGCGAGUCUAUGGGGUAAAGUACGCAUCUUUCAGACUCGGGGAGGAAGCUGACCUGACAUGUGAAGAUGCAGUAAGGACAGAUAACAAAAUACUUUUUGUUAUUUGGCACCUAAAUCAAACUGACAAAAACUGCGAAAUUGGACAAAAAAAUGGAGUUAAUGAUCGAGACACUUGCAAUGACGGCAAGUUGCUAAGAAAUGGCACAAAGGGCAAGCUGGUCCUUCACAUCCCUAAAUUCUCCUACAGCGACGUGGGAAAUUACUCUUGUAGCUUUGCCUUCAGUGGAGGAGCUGUCAACUUCAUAUACCACAUCAAUAUCACAGCUCCUCCAAAGAUCUCCUCUUGGGUUGAGAGCAGAGGCGACAGGAGAGUUGUGGUGUGCAGAGCGGAGAGGGCCAGUCCUGUGGCUAACAUCAGCUGGGGCGUCACCGGUAAUGUCACCGUGGAAACGGAGAGGGGACCGGACGGCCUCAUCACCGUGGAGAGCUCUGUGGAGGUGAACACACUUGAGGAAGCACAAAACACGUCCUGCACCAUCAGACAUGUGUACUGGGACGAGCCUCGAGUCAUUGUGCCAAACAUCAACAACAGUCAGGCCAUAAGUCAAAAUCUUCCUGUGGUUUAUACGACUAUUCUCAUCAGUGUGGUGUUCUGCCUGGGCUUGCUGGUUUUGGGAAUAAAGAAAGUUAUAGAUUUAAGGAUGAAUCAAAACUCAUCCAAAUCGGUGGACUAUGUGGAGGAGGUGGAACCCUACGAGAGCUAUGUGCAACGCGUCAACUCCAUUUAUAAUUCAUCCAGAGACUUGUUCGUUUAACAUCUACUUUUAUUUGAAAAUGUGUGAAGGACUUUACCAGAAAAGGCUGAGUGGAACAUCUGUCACAAAGAGCUUGGAACACAUGAGUACGUGGUAAUUUACAUGUACUAUAAGACACUUUAGGCUCGUAAUUACCUUUGUAGUAAUAAUAUUCUCACAUGCUGUUUACUGUGCAGGUUAUCUUAUGAUUUGUAAAUAUUUGGUGGUAUGUUUUAUUGUCUAAUUUAAAAUGUAAAAUGUAAAACCCUAAAUAAUUAAUGAUGAAAAUUAAAAACACUAUUC